GUCCGGGGAGCCGGAGGAGGAGCGGCUGCGAGCGCGGGAGCCGAGCAGGAGCGAUGCCGGCUGCGGCGGGGGACGGGCUCCUGGGCGAGCCGGCGGCGCCCGGAGGCGACGGGGCCACGGAGGACGCAGCCAGGCCGGCGGCGGCCUGCGAGGGAAGUUUCCUGCCCGCCUGGGUGAGCGGCGUGUCCCGCGAGCGCCUCCGGGACUUCCAGCACCACAAGCGCGUGGGCAACUACCUCAUCGGCAGCAGGAAGCUGGGCGAGGGCUCCUUCGCCAAGGUGCGCGAGGGGCUGCACGUGCUGACCGGAGAGAAGGUCGCCAUCAAGGUCAUCGAUAAGAAGAGAGCCAAAAAGGACACCUAUGUCACCAAAAACCUGCGGCGAGAGGGUCAGAUCCAGCAGAUGAUCCGCCAUCCCAACAUCACGCAGCUCCUGGACAUCUUGGAGACGGAGAACAGCUACUACCUGGUCAUGGAGCUGUGCCCCGGUGGCAACCUCAUGCACAAGAUCUACGAGAAGAAGCGCCUGGAUGAGGCCGAAGCCCGCAGAUACAUCCGGCAACUCAUCUCUGCAGUGGAGCAUCUGCACCGGGCUGGGGUGGUCCACAGAGACUUGAAGAUAGAAAAUUUGCUACUGGAUGAAGACAAUAACAUCAAGCUGAUUGACUUUGGUUUGAGCAACUGUGCAGGGAUCCUGGGUUACUCGGACCCAUUCAGCACACAGUGUGGCAGCCCAGCCUACGCAGCUCCGGAACUGCUGGCCAGGAAGAAAUACGGCCCCAAGAUCGAUGUCUGGUCAAUAGGCGUGAACAUGUACGCUAUGUUGACCGGGACCCUGCCUUUCACAGUGGAGCCUUUCAGCCUGAGGGCUCUGUACCAGAAGAUGGUGGACAAAGAGAUGAACCCCCUCCCCACACAGCUCUCCACAGGGGCGGUCAACUUCCUGCGCUCUCUCCUGGAGCCAGACCCAGCGAAGAGGCCAAAUAUUCAGCAAGCGCUGGCGAAUCGCUGGCUCAAUGAGAAUUACUCCGGGAAAGUGCCCUGUAACGUCACCUAUCCCAACAGGAUUUCUCUGGAAGACCUGAGCCCCAGUGUGGUACUGCACAUGACUGAAAAGCUGGGCUAUAAGAACAGCGACGUCAUCAACACGGUGCUCUCCAACCGCGCCUGCCACAUCUUGGCCAUCUACUUCCUGUUAAACAAGAAGCUCGAGCGCUAUUUGUCGGGGAAAUCUGACAUCCAAGAUGGCGUCUGCUACAAGACCCAGCUCUACCAGAUAGAGAAGUACAGAGCCACCAAGGAGCCCUACGAGGCCUCCCUGGACACCUGGACAAGAGACUUUGAAUUCCAUGCUGUGCAGGAUAAAAAGCCCAAAGAACAAGAAAAAAGGGUCGAUUUUCUUCACCGUCCGUUUUCCAAGAAGUUGGACAAGAGCCUGCCCCCUCACAAACAGCCCUCGGCCUCGCUCUUCACACAGAUCCAGAACACCAAAGCCCUCCUCAAAGACCGCAAGGCCUCCAAGGCAGGCUUUCCCGACAAAGAUUCCUUCGGCUGCCGCAAUCUUUUCCGCAAGACUUCCGAUUCCAAUUGUGUGGCUUCCUCUUCCAUGGAAUUCAUCCCUGUCCCACCUCCCAGGACACCCAGGAUUAUAAAGAAACUAGAGCCGCACCAGUCAGGGCCGGGAAGUGCCAGCAUCCUCCCCAAGGAAGAGCCGCUGCUGCUGGAUAUGGUCCGCUCCUUCGAGUCUGUGGAUCGUGAGGACCACACAGAACUGCUGUCCCCUUCCCAUCACUAUAGGAUCCUGAACUCACCCGUGAGCUUGACUCGUAGGAAUUCUAGUGAGAGGACACUCUCUCCGGGGCUGCUCUCCGGAAGCACAUCACCUCUCCAAACUCCACUGCAUUCCACGCUGGUCUCUUUUGGCCAUGAAGAUAAGAACAGCUCCCCGAAAGAGGAGGGUGUCUGUUCCCCUCCUCCGGUUCCCAGCAAUGGCCUCACACAGCCUCUGGGGAGCCCCAACUGCGUGAAAAGCAGGGGGAGGUUCCCCAUGAUGGGCAUCGGACAGAUGCUGAGGAAGCGGCACCAGAGCCUGCAGCCUUCCUCAGAGAGGUCCCUGGAGUCCAGCAUGUCACCGCUGCAGCCCACAGCCCCCUCCAGCCUCUCCUUCGACAUGGCUGACGGUGUCAAGAGCCAGUGUUAACCUGGGACGGCAACAUUCUGGGUCUCCGUAAGGACAGCAAUGGACAGAACUCCACACUUACAUCAGGGCACGAGCAGUCAGCCUCACGAGAGAAUCCUUUACACCUGCCUCACAACGUCCCAAGCCCGGUUCAGCUGAAGCCCAUAGACUUAAAGCCUGCACACCCAGCCUCGCUCAGGAUCCCCUGAGAUGCUGGGAAUGAGGAAGGCAGGCUGUGGGGACCGUCCAUUCUAGUCUGAGACCCUCUUUCCGACAGCCCCUCGUCCAGCCCUCUCCAGUAUCCCCCCGGCUGGGCUCGGAGCUGAAAACCACACCUCCGUCUGCUGGACCACUCAGAUUUGCAGGUCAGUCCCCUCCUCCCUGUGCUCCAUGUGGGUCUCCCACAGAGUGCUGUGUUCAGUGGCCGGUCACAGUCCCACGGGGACCACACCACUGCAAGGACUUUUGCCCAGCCAGGGCUUCCUCCACAGGGGGAAGCGACCCUCCUUACCCUAACAGUGAGUCCCUGCGGGAGAGCAGGAGUGGUGAGUCAGUCCCAGUGUCAAGACGCCAGAGACUCCGGAGGAAGAUUAGACAGAGCCUCAGACAAAGAUGGAACCCAACAGUGAAACCCCAGAUGAUGAAGACUAAAGAAAACACUCAUUCCCAUACAAUGUUUUAACAAAUCUGUCUCUCCUGUCUUUCUUUUUCCUUUUUUUUUCUUAUUGAAACUUGCUAAGGAUUGAGUGAACCUGUCCAAAGAAAGCUUUCUUUGUGUGAUGCAAUUAAAUUGAACUAACUUUUUGUUUGUGACUCGUUAAGUAGCCCAGGCUGGCUUCAAACUCACCGUCCUCAGCUUCCAAAGUGUUGGUAUUACAAGUGUGUACCCCCGAGUCUGGCUCAAAAUAGCAAUGUUUAAAAACCCGGAUGGUCAGAUGGGAAGCGCCUCUACCACAUUCACGUUUUCCUGAGAGGCUGCAGCUGAGGCGGCCAUAACAGCUGGCCUGAGUGGUGACGUAGCAUCGGACCACGGUGGCCUGCAUGAGGGACAGCAGCCUCGCCACCCUGUGCUUGUGUUGCGGCUACAGCAGAAGGCAUUGAACACGGCGCCAGAUGGUUCUGGAGAGAGAAUGGAUUCUCAGGGCCAGGGGAAGGUUUUGCUGUGCACUGCUGUUUUCCUGCUGCAGUUGGAGCUUCGCUGUACUGGGGGAUGGGAAGGAACAGGCUUGUCCCCUGGGCGCAGUUCAAGGAAAGCGGUGUCCCCCAGACAGUCCUUCAGUCCACGUUGUGUUCAUACACCUUCCCCUUCCAGGACUGAACCAAAGAUGCGUUUCCGGUUUUGUGACUGUGAUACCCCCUGCGUCUUUUGUGGAAUCUGGUGUUGUCUGAUCAUGUCCAGCUGGCACUUGAUGUCUCUCUGUGGAUCCCGGGCCCUGGUACUUAGCAGAGGACUUCUCAGUCAUCAACGGCAUUGUAAGGAAGGGAAGAAUCCUCACAAGUCGGGUCACAGUUGGUUUAGGAGAUGAGUUGUGGAUUAGCCCAGAAUGUUCCGUCUUUAACUGUUUCAGGUGUGACCAGGACCACAACUGUAGCCAGGAAGCCAGGUUCAUCAUCUUGGUCCGUUGAUGCUAAAGCGGGCUUGUUUCUUUAAAACCACAAAGCCAGUGAGGGGUGAGAUGCAGGGGCUUCCCUGGGCCCCUCACAGCCCUGACUGGGCAAUGAGAGAAUACACAUGGCUGACCCUGAAAGCAAGAUGCUCUAGUCUUGGCUGAACUUGGUGAGACCUGGGCUGCUCAAUCCUAGGGAGGGACUCACCCCCUCCCCACGUCUCCUCCCAGCAGCUGCCAUUGUUCUGCAGUAUGGUUUCAGCUCGGCUUCCAGGACUUAACAUUGAAAUAGAGCUCUGAGCAGAGAGAGAAGAGACGAGUCAUCUGCAGAUGCUCUAUUGGCACGAUGUGUGUGCAUCUCGAUGGGCGAGAAUCCUUUUUUAAAGAGAGCUACCAACCGCAGCCAUCUUACUCUGCAAGUUGGUAGGACGUAUGCCUGUGUGCCCCCCAUUUCUGUAACCCCUUAUGUCUUUUUCUGGCUGCUUGCUUUCCUCACGUGUGUGUGUGUGUGUGUGUGUGUGUGUGUGUGUGUGUGUGUGUUAACUCAUGGAGAAAGUGUUUCCCAUUCUUCACUUCAAGAAUGGUGCCAGAGGCUGCACCACUAGCUGCCCGUGUUGCCACUGGAAACAGACUCGGAACUCAGGUGUAUAACGAACCCAGUGAGAGGCCAAGGGGAGCAAUGCGGGGAAACUAGGUGUGUUUUGGGGUGCAUAUACACCUGACAAGUCUAUGAAGCUGAGUGGGAGAAGAAAUGUUAAUUGCUUUACUGUUUUAUUAUAUUUAUAUGGAAAAGCUGACCAUCCUCUUGUUAAAGUGCCGUGUGUUGUCUGUUGACCUGUGACUGUCCUUCACGAGUUCUUGCCUGUGAUUCCAGUCAGCCUGCGGCUACUGGUGGGAAUGACCGAACUGUCUUUGUGUGAAGUCCAGAAGGAAGAGUCCAUCGUAGUUGUAAGGUUUGGUCAUGAGAAAGGACUGAUUAUAUUUAUGUCACCGUUAUUGAAUAUCUGUACUUUUGUAAUGGCUGUGAAAUACAUACUUUUUCCUCAC